UCUACUUGUAAACCGGAGAACAAUCUCUCCCAAAGUCCCAAUUUCACAGAGAGAAGCGAAAAUGGUGAAAUACAUGCUGGUGAUCAGUGCCGAGCUCGAGAACCUCACGAACCUUCAACCUCAAGGCGGUCGCGACGAUCCCACCUUCUCCUACUUCUUCAAGGUGAAAUGUGGUAACUGUGGAGAAGUGAGCCAGAAAGCAACUUGUGUGACACUGAAUGAGACCCUUCCGUCCCCACUAGGCAAGGGAACCACUAAUCUGGUUCAGAAGUGCAAAUUGUGUAAGCGGGAGGGUACUAUAACGAUGGUUCCUGGUUCAGGGUCUCCUUUAACCCAAGACAUGAGUGAGACUGGGAAAUUUUCCCCAUUGAUGUUAUUUGAUUGCAGGGGCUAUGAACCAGUUGAUUUUGUAUUUGGGCUUGGAUGGAAAGUUGAAUCUAUUGAAGGAACCAAAUAUGAGGAUGUGGACUUGUCAUCAGGAGAAUUUGCUGAAUAUGAUGAGAAAGGAGAGUGCCCAGUUAUGAUAUCAAAUCUUCGUUCUGCUUUUAAUGUGGUUAAGUAGGAUGUUGGUUGUGCAUUACUGGUGUUAUUGGCAUUGAACUAUAUCUGGAAUUGUUUUGAAAAAUGUUCAUUCUGGGGUUUAUUUUCAGUUAUACUGGAUAUCGCUUCUCUUGACCAUUUAGUCAUUCUCAAUGUUGAAAAAAUUUGGGGAUGUGAUAUGUUGAAGUAUGCUUGUACUAUGCCUAAAGCAAUGGAAAAGGAAUGUUUGAUGCU